AAAUAUUUACCAAAAAAUCAGGGAUCACGAUCUACUGGACAAAAGGAAAACAGUCACAGCCCUUAAAGCUGGAGAAGACCGGGCCAUACUCCUCGGGCUGGCCAUGAUGGUGUGCUCGAUCAUGAUGUACUUCCUCCUGGGAAUCACCCUGCUGCGGUCUUACAUGCAAAGCGUCUGGACAGAAGAGGCUCAGUGCUCACUUCUCAAUGCAUCCAUCACAGAAUCCUUCAACUGCUCGUUUAGCUGCGGUCCAGAUUGCUGGAAAAUCUCUCAGUACCCAUGCCUCCAGGUGUACGUUAAUCUCACCUCUUCUGGCCAGAAGCUUCUGCUCUACCACACCGAGGAAACAAUGAAAAUUAAUUCUGAGUGUUCAUACAUACCCAAGUGUGGCAAGAAUUAUGAAGAAUCCAUGUCACUGGUGAACAUCGUGAUGGAAAACUUCAGAAAGUACCAACGCUUCUCCUGUUUCUACGACCCUGAAGGUGUUCAGAAGAACGUGAUAUUAACCAAACUGUACAGCUCCAACGUGCUGUUCCACUCCCUUUUCUGGCCCACCUGCGUGAUGAUCGGCGGGGUCGCCAUCGUCGCGAUGGUAAAGCUGACUCAAUACCUUUCCCUCCUCUGUGAGAGGAUCCAAAGGAUCAACAGAUAAAACCGAAAACGUCUCUGAGAUUUAAUUACAGCUAAAAUACUGUUUUCUCAUUCUUCACCAAAGAACCUUAAGUUUGUAACGUGCAAGUCUGUUAUCAGUUCCUUACUAUAUUCUUAUAAGUAGAGCAAUAAUGCAAAAGCUGUUCUAUAUGCAAACAUGAUGUUAUUAUUAUGCAGACAACUGAAAAAAAUACUGGUUUGUGUUGACCGUCUAUAUGAUCUUGUUUUAUGCUGAGACUAGUACUUCUUUAUUUUCUACAGCCAAAAUAGGGCUCAGUGUGACCAUUUGCCAAGCUUAGUUAAUUGACAUUUUCAAUGUAAAGGAUUCUGGGGAAAAUUCACCGCCGGACAAAGGGCAGCCAACCUGCGCAUCCCUAAGGUCUCAUGUCCAGCUCGGUCCAUUCAAUGGGCUUGUGACUUUACUUUUAUUAUUAGCUGCAGGGGGGAGGAAAAGGCACUGAUAGGAUUUUUUUUUUUAUGGCAAGGUGGCAGAAAAGGGAGAUAUUUUGAGUCCAGGAUAAACAUACAGUAUUUUCAGCCUAAGUGGGACUUGGUGAUGCUUUGUGUUUGCUCCCCCAGUUCAGAAGUAAAUUUUACUCUAUGGUGUUUAAGGUCUUUUGCAAAACACUGUGGGGUUUUGUUUUAUUUAGCACUAUAAUUUCAUUCUGUCUUAUCAACAUCAUCUUUGUCACAGAAGCUGUAGCCAAAAAAACCCAACAAAAAUCA